AAAAAAGAAAGAAUAAAAAAAAACGAUUCCGAAUCCGCCGAAUCUCCUCUUUCAAACAAUCUCCGAGGGAGAGAGAGAGAGAUCUGAGAGACGUCUCCCAAUGCGAAGGAAACACAAACGCUCAAAGAUCUGAGAGACUGUAGAACAACAUGGUUUGGGAGAAGGAAAAAAUCGUCGGCAGUUGCUUGAUCGGAGGAGCGACGUUCGCCGUCGGAGCUUCCUUCCUCCACCUCUUCCUCAAAGGCGAGCUUCCCCUAGGCCUAGGGCUAGGUCCAGGCCUCGUCUCUCCGUGGAAAUGCUUCAGAAGACGGAAACCAGUCCGCGUCUACAUGGACGGCUGCUUCGACAUGAUGCACUACGGCCACUGCAACGCGCUCCGCCAAGCGCGCGCUCUCGGCGACCAAUUGGUCGUCGGCGUCGUCAGCGACGAGGAGAUCAUCGCUAACAAAGGACCUCCCGUUACGCCUCUUCACGAGAGAAUGAUAAUGGUGAAGGCGGUUAAGUGGGUGGAUGAGGUUAUACCGGAUGCUCCUUACGCGAUCACUGAGGAGUUUAUGAAGAGGUUGUUUGAUGAGUAUCGGAUUGAUUACAUCAUCCAUGGGGAUGAUCCUUGCGUUCUUCCUGAUGGGACUGAUGCUUAUGCAUUGGCUAAGAAGGCUGGGAGGUAUAAGCAGAUCAAGCGUACUGAAGGUGUUUCCAGCACUGAUAUCGUUGGUCGUAUGCUUCUCUGUGUAAGAUCGAACAGUCAGAGUCAUUCGUCUCUGCAAAGGCAGUUUAGCCAUGGGCAUAAUAGCCCGAGGUUUGAGGACGGAGCUUCUUCUGCUGGUACUCGCGUCUCACACUUUCUUCCUACUUCCCGCAGGAUCGUUCAGUUCUCCAAUGGCAAGGGGCCAGGACCUGAUGCACGCAUAAUUUACAUAGAUGGUGCUUUUGAUCUUUUCCAUGCUGGCCAUGUUGAGAUUCUCAGGCGUGCUCGAGAGCUUGGGGACUUUCUUCUUGUUGGAAUCCAUAAUGACCAGACUGUCAGUGGUAAAAGAGGAGCGCAACACCCAAUCAUGAAUCUCCAUGAAAGAAGCUUAAGUGUUUUGGCAUGCCGCUAUGUAGACGAGGUGAUAAUUGGUGCCCCAUGGGAAGUGUCAAAAGAUACGAUCACGACAUUUAACAUUUGGAAAGUGGUUCAUGGGACAGUAGCAGAGAGCGAUGAUUUUCAAAAGGAGGAAGAUAAUCCGUAUGCAGUACCAAAAAGCAUGGGCAUAUUCGAAGUACUAGAAAGCCCUCUUGAUAUCUCAACUUCCACCAUAAUCAAGAGGAUUGUAGCAAACCAUGAAGCUUAUCAGAAACGUAAUUUGAAAAAGGAAGCUAGUGAGAAGAAGUACUACGAGCAGAAGUCUUUUGUGACCGGCGACUGAUAGAUUCAGAUGCUAUAAUAUGUUUUAGAGGACAAAACCAUCUUCAGGAUGUGAAUCUUUUAUAUCUUUGUAGAGGCUAUAGUACCUUACAUAUUACAUUUUGUUCUCUAGUCUAUGUUUUACAUAAAAGAGGGCAUCAAUUGGUUUACACUACCAAAUUGCUUCUUUUAAUUUUCUUUACUUUUGGGGAUGUUACAUUAUACUUUUUGACUUUCGUUUAAUCAAAUAACAAUGAUAAAAAUUUGAAUUUA